AUUUUGAUUUUUUAUGUACGGAUUUUGUUCAUUGCAUAUGAGAAAAACAACUGCUCUAAUACGAAACAGUUGUUCUUCUUUUUCAGCAUCCAAUUUGCAUCUCUUGCUCGAAGAAUCAAUCCUUUACUUUUGUUUCAUGGGCUCAUUUUGGGACCAUAGAGCGCCAUGACGCCAUGACCAAACCCAACACUUUCUUUCACAAUCUAAUCAAGCCCUUCAAAUUCAGCUCCAGCAAAGAGGGACAAACCGAAGAAAACGAAAUACAGAACUUAGCUGCACAGGAGCAGAAGAUCUUCCCCUACGAAACAUUGGUUGCUGCUACCAACAAAUUUCAUAUUCUUAACAAGCUAGGUGAAGGAGGAUUUGGACCCGUCUAUAAGGGGAAAUUGAAUGAUGGGAGAGAGAUUGCGGUGAAGAAGUUAUCGCAUAGAUCGAAUCAAGGGAAGACGCAGUUCGUCAACGAGGCAAAGUUGUUGGCACGUGUGCAGCACCGUAAUGUGGUGAAUUUGUUUGGUUAUUGUACCCAUGGCUCCGAAAAGCUUCUUGUUUACGAGUAUGUCCGUCGCGAGAGCCUCGACAAGCUUCUCUUCAAAUCCCAGAAGAAAGAGCAGCUAGAUUGGAAACGUAGGUUUGACAUAAUCACUGGGGUGGCAAGAGGGUUGCUUUAUCUACACGAAGACUCUCACAACUGCAUUAUACAUCGCGACAUAAAGGCAAGUAACAUCUUACUGGAUGAAAAAUGGGUCCCCAAGAUUGCAGAUUUUGGCCUCGCACGCCUCUUCCCCGAAGACCAAACCCAUGUCAACACCCGUGUGGCUGGAACCAAUGGCUAUUUGGCUCCGGAGUAUUUAAUGCAUGGACAUUUAUCCGUGAAAGCAGACGUAUUUAGCUAUGGGGUUUUGGUGUUGGAAUUGGUCAGUGGCCUGAGAAAUUCAUCGUUUGAUAUGGACGUUAGUGCACAGAAUCUCCUGGACUGGGCAUACAGGCUAUACAAGAAAGGGAGGGCAUUAGAAAUCGUGGACCCAACAUUGGCCUCCACAGCGGUAACAGAACAAGCAGAAAUGUGCAUUCAACUGGGUCUACUCUGCACACAAGGUGAUCUAAACCUACGUCCUACGAUGGGGCGUGUGAUUGUGGUGUUGUCAAAGAAACCGCCAGGCCACAUGGAAGAACCAACAAGACCAGGAAUACCCGGUUCCAGAUACAGAAGAGUAUCACGCAGACCCUAUGCAAUGUCUUCUGGGGAAGUUGAUGAUGACUCUAAUUUGCACACUUUUGAUUCUUCAAGAAAUUGUGGCACUAACACUACCACUUCUGCAACAACACCAACAACAAGCUCCAAUACUACAGCUGAAGUAGACCGGCGAGGGAAACGACCGAUGCAACGUUUGGUGUUGCGUGAUUAGUUUUUGAAGAAAGAAAUUGAGGGCACUUAUUGUUUUAUUUUUUGGUAUCAUGAAUUUUGUAAUCAUGUAAUUAAAUACUUAUGAUGUAAAUGUUAUCAGGAGUAGGGAAAUUUUUUCAGUGCCACUGGAGCAAUUCUUUUUGCUUGUAAAAAGAAUAAUUUAAAAAACUAUAUGAAGAAAUAUAACUUCGUAGGAGUA